AUGUCACAAACAAGUGUUUCUUUAUCAUCAUUAUUUCCACAACUCAGCAAUGAGAGUCUUUUAGAAGAUUACAUUGGUUAUGUCUUGUCCAGCCUCCUCGCUCUUCUUUCCGUAUUUUCAAUCUUCUUUCCUCUCUCCGCCUUGUUUAAAUUUUGCAAAUCAUCAAAAACAACACCUUCUCGUCAUACAACUACCAAUAACAAUACUAAUAAUAGUAAUGAAGACGAACAAAAACAAAGUGAAACACAUGACACAAUUUCCUAUCACUCUCAUGUUGGAUUUACUUCAGUGGUGAGAUCUUUUCUCAUUCGGAGUGUCUUGUCAGGAGUGAUCUUUUUUGUAGCUUUGCCAUGGGCCUUUGACACAUUUUCGAAUCAAAUUUAUUCAUUUGAGACAUUUUUGAAGAAUGCAAAUGCCAAGACGAUCCAUGAGAAUAUUCCUUUUAUUGCAGAUUUGCAUGCAGAUACGUUGAUGUGGAAAUAUCGUGGAGGAUUUUUGACCACUGAAAAAGGUCAUGUCUCACUUCCAAAAAUGCAACGAGGAAAUCAAGCAUUGCAAGUGCUUGCUGCUGUCAAUUUCAUUCCACACACUCUCAACAUGAAAACCAAUGUCAACUCUACAGAUAUUUUACCCUUUCUCAUUGCCAGCCAAUUGUACGAAUACUCUGCUUGGUUUUCUCCAUUUGGUCGAGCUCGUGCUUAUAGUAAAUUAUUACAUCAAUACGAGUCGGAAAGUAAGGGAAUUUUCACAAUUAUUAAGAACAAGAAAAAUUUGGAAGAAUUUAUCACCAAACGAAGUCACAACAAGAAACAUGCUUCUGGAUUGUUCUCCAUCGAGGGUGCAACUGUUUUAGAGAAUAAUCUUGACAAUAUUCAAAAACUCUACGAUAUGGGAGUGAGAAUGUUUGGACUGAAUCAUUUUGGUGACAAUCAAGUGAGUGGUUCACUUCAUGGACUCACAAAAUAUGGACUCUCUGAUUUUGGAAGACAAGUUGUGAAGAAACUUUCCGAUUUGAAAGUGAUUAUUGAUUUGGCACAUGCUUCAGAAAAGGCCAUGAAUGAUGUUCUCGAAAUGCUUGAACGAGGAGAAAUUUCCACAUCCAUCAUUAUUUCACAUACUGGAGUCAAAGGAGUGUGUAAUACGACUCGUAAUCUUUCUGAUGAGUUUGCAAAAAGAAUUGCCAAACAUGGAGGUGUUAUUGGAAUUGCUUUCUUUAAAUAUACCACUUGUGGACUUGGAUUUGAAUCGCUUGCGAAAUCCAUAAAGUAUUUGAAAAAUUUAUUGGGUGGUCAUUCAGUGGAUAACAUUGCACUUGGAAGUGAUUGGGAUGGAACAAUUAAGGCAUUUGGAGCGAGCGAUCAUUUAGUGUAUUUAACAGAUGCACUCAUUUCAGAAGGAUUCACAGAGAAGGAAAUUUCACAAAUUAUGGGAGGAAAUGUGUUGAGAAUGUUGCGUCGCUCUUUGCCUGAUUAUUGA